AUGAAAUCCGUUGUGAUCUUAGCCUGCCUUGUCUCCACAUCAUCCGCCUUCCUCUUCGGUCUUCUUGGAGGAGGUGGUGGUGGUGGUGCCUGCUGCGGAGCUCCAGCUCCAGCUCCAGCUCUUGCCCCUGCACCAGCUGCUGGAGGAUACGUGACCGCUCCAUCUGCCCCAGCCCCACUCUUCCCAUCCGCCCCAGCUCCAGCCAUUCCAGCCGGAGGUUAUGCAGUUGCCCCAUCUGGAGGAUUUGGCGGAGCCGGAGGAUCUUAUGCGGCUCCAGCUCUCGGUGGAGGACUCGGAGGAUUUGGAGGAGCACCAGCUCCAGCUCCAGCAUUCGGUGGACUUGGCGGUGGGUACCAAGCUGCUCCAGCUCUUGGAGGAGGUCUGGGAGGUGGCCUCGGAGGUGGACCCGGUGGAGGUUACCAGGCUGCUCCAGCUCUUCAACUUCCAGGACUUGGAGCUCCAGCACCAGCUUUUGGUGGACUCGGAGGAGGUUAUCAAGGAGCUCCAACUCUCGGUGGAGGACAAGCUCAAGGAGGAGCCGGAUACCAGCAGGGACCAGCUCAAGGAAGAUUUGUUGCUCAACAGGGAUCUGCUCAAGGAGUUCAGGGAGGAGCCGGAUAUCAGCAAGGGCCUGCUCAGGGAGGAUUUACUGCACAACAAGGACCAGCUCAAGUUGUCCAAGGAGGAGCUGGAUACCAGCAGGGACCAGCUCAGGGAGGUUUUGUUGCUCAACAAGGUCCAGCUCCAGCUGCUCAAGGAGGAGCCGGAUACCAACAGGGAUCUACUCAAGGAGGCUUCGAAGCAGUCGCCCAACAAGGACAAGUUGCUCAGGGAGCCGGUUACCAAUCCGCUGCUCAGGGGCAAUCUGCUCCAGUCUCACAAGGAUAUCAAUCUGAGCAAGCUCAAGUCGCACCAGUCGCACCAGCUCAAGUUCAAACUCAAGGAUACGAGGCUCCAGCCGCCGCUCAACAACCAGCCCAAUUAAGUGCUCCAGCUCCAGCCGGAACUGUUCAGGCUUCUGGAUAUCAAGCUGCCAACGUUGCUCAACCAUCCGGAGGAGCAUACUCUCAGGGAAAACAAUAG